UACCUUCUUGCCUCUGUGUUCAUUUCCCGUGGGACCUACUUCCGGCUCCUCAGGCUGCGAGCCGGCUGGCACCAUGGCGCUGUACAACUUCAAGAAAAUUAUGGUGGUCCCCACCGCCAAGGACUUUAUAGACCUGACAUUAUCGAAGACUCAACGAAAGACUCCAACGGUCAUUCAUAAACAUUACCAAAUUCACCGCAUUAGACAUUUUUACAUGAGGAAAGUUAAAUAUACUCAGCAGAAUUACCAUGAUAGACUCUCCCAGAUUUUAACUGACUUCCCCAAAUUGGAUGAUAUCCACCCAUUUUAUGCUGAUUUGAUGAAUGUUCUCUAUGACAAGGAUCACUACAAGUUGGCCUUAGGACAAAUUAAUAUUGCUAAAAAUCUAGUGGACAAUGUUGCCAAAGAUUACGUACGGCUUAUGAAAUAUGGGGAUUCUUUGUACCGUUGCAAGCAGCUCAAACGUGCAGCCCUGGGGCGUAUGUGUACAAUUAUCAAGAGACAGAAACAGAGUCUGGAAUAUCUGGAACAAGUGCGUCAGCAUUUAUCCCGUCUGCCAACUAUUGACCCAAAUACCCGUACUCUGCUUCUGUGUGGAUAUCCAAAUGUUGGAAAAUCUAGUUUCAUCAAUAAGGUGACAAGAGCAGAUGUGGACGUGCAGCCUUAUGCCUUUACAACCAAAUCUUUGUUUGUAGGGCACAUGGAUUACAGAUAUCUCCGUUGGCAGGUAGUCGACACUCCAGGGAUCCUGGAUCACCCUCUGGAAGAUAGGAACACCAUUGAAAUGCAGGCUAUCACAGCAUUGGCCCACCUUCGUGCUGCUGUGCUGUAUGUCAUGGAUGUAUCUGAACAGUGUGGGCAUAGUCUGGAAGAACAAGUGGAACUCUUUAAAAAUAUUAAGCCGCUUUUUGCUAAUAAGCCUCUUAUAAUUGUAGCAAACAAAUGUGAUGUGAAGAGGAUAUCUGAACUUCCAGAAGAUAACCAGAAAAUAUUUGUAGAUUUGGAAGCUGAAGGACUUCCUGUUAUAGAGACAAGUACCCUGACUGAAGAAGGUGUUAUUAAAGUUAAAACAGAGGCUUGUGAUAGACUUUUGACUCAUCGAGUUGAAAGCAAAAUGAAAGGAAAUAAAGUGAAUGAAGUGCUGAACAGAUUGCAUUUGGCAGUACCAAGCAAAAGAGAUGAUAAGGAGAGGCCACCAUUCAUUCCUGAGGGUGUAGUAGCACGAAAGAAAAGAAUGGAAGUUGAUGCACCCAAAAAGAAAAGGGAACGAGAUCUUGAGUUGGAAAUGGGAGACGAUUACAUUUUGGAUCUUCAGAAAUAUUGGGAUCUAAUGAAUUCAUCUGAAAAAUAUGAUAAAAUACCAGAAAUCUGGGAAGGCCAUAACAUAGCUGAUUAUAUUGAUCCAGACAUCAUGGAGAAAUUGAAAGAGUUAGAGAAGGAGGAAGAACUAAGAGAAGCUGCUGGGGAGUAUGACAGUGAAUCAGAAACUGAGGAUGAGGAAAUGAUGGAAAUCCACCAGUUGGCAAAACAAAUUCGUGAGAAAAAGAAACUGAAAAUUCUACAGUCCAAAGAGAAAGAUGUAUCAGGACCCAGAAUGCCUCGCACUGCUAAAAAGGUUCAGCGGAAAACAUUGGAGAACGAAAUGCGCAGCCUUGGUAUUGACAUGGAUGAUAAAGAUGAUAGCCACUAUGCCACCCAGGCAAGAAGAUCUCGGAGCGUUACUAGGAAACGCAAACGUGAAGAGUCUGUUCCUCCCACUUCUAAAAGCCGAAGUCGCAGUUGCUCACGCACACCUCGUGAUGUUUCUGGUCUCAGAGAUGCCAAGAUGGUGAAGAAAGCUAAAACCAUUAUGAAGAAGGCUCAGAAGAAGAUGAAUCGCUUGGGGAGAAAGGGAGAAGCAGAUAGACAUGUGUUUGAUAUGAAACCAAAGCAUUUAUUGUCUGGCAAGAGGAAAUCUGGUACAAAAGACAGAAGAUAAAAAUGCCCUAUUGAAUUUAAACUGUUGUCUUUUUUUAAAAAAUUAAGUGUGACAUCUUAGAGCUGGAAUAUUGGUUUGAAAAUUGAGAAGCAACUCAAGCAGCAUGCAUAUACUGAAUAAACACCACCAUAAAUAUGGUGGAUCUCUUACUAUUCUUGGGAGUAGUACAUCUGUAGACCUUUAAUGAUUCUGUUGAUUUUCAACAGAGAAGAACCCUAACUAUUUGCUCUGGAGGUUGUAUACUAAUGUUUCUCUUUGAACGUAAAUAUCUCUACCUGGUGGAUUUGGGUAUUGCUUCGAGAGCCCUGUAAACCCAUGGUAAUUUCAGAUAUGGGGAAAAGCAUAUAAUCUGUAAGAAGAGUACUUAGGGGUGAUUAAAAUGUCAGAACUCUGGCUCAGAGACUUUUUGUAUCACUUGUGCAAUUAUCCUUCCAUACAGUUAAUCUGUUAAAUGUAACCAUUAAUGUAAAGUAAGUUCUUUGCAUAUGAAAAUUUGUUUUUUAUGAAACAAAUGCAGUUAUGCCAGGGAAAAGGAAAUUGAAUGGCUGACAUAUUUUUAAACCAAACUGAAUUUUGGUUGGUUUUAAAUAAAACUUGGGAUAUUUUUUAAAUCUAAA